AUGCCUUCCCGGCACGGAGAUCCUGCACAGCCCGUCUCGGCGGGGGCAGGAGCCCCGGGGCCCCCGCUCCCCAUGCCGCUUUCCCGCUCACCGGCCUCGGUUCCCGCUCCCGCCGAGGGGCCCGCGGGCGGCACCGCCGCUCCCUGGCGCCGCCGAGCGCCUUCCCCCGGCACGGGCGACCCGAGUGCUCCCGCGCCGAGUGUCACGGCUGCGGGGGGACGCGUCAACCACACUGAGGUUUGCCCGCAUCGGGCCACGCUGCCAGACAAGGAGCCGGAUGUGCUCCUGGGAUGCUCCCGCUGGGGUGUCCCCGCAGAGACCAAGGUGUACGUGGGCAACCUGGGCACGGGCGCCGGCAAGGGCGAGCUGGAGAGAGCCUUCAGCUACUACGGGCCGCUGAGAACCGUGUGGAUCGCCAGGAACCCGCCGGGGUUCGCCUUCGUGGAGUUCGAGGACCCCCGGGAUGCUGAAGAUGCUGUCCGUGGACUUGACGGGAAGGUGAUCUGCGGCUCCAGGGUGAGAGUGGAAGUAUCCACGGGGAUGCCGCGGCGCUCCCGCUACGACCGGCCCCCUGCCCGGCGCCCCUUCGACCCCAACGACAGGUGCUACGAGUGCGGUGAGAAAGGCCACUAUGCCUAUGACUGCCACCGCUAUAGCCGGCGAAGGAGGAGCAGGUCCCGGUCUAGAUCCCGCUCGAGGUCCCGAGGAAGACGCUAUUCCCGGUCACGCAGUCGCAGCCGUGGUAGGAGGUCCAGGUCAGCUUCCUACCGCAGGUCCAGGUCGGUGUCUCCUCGCAGGUCUAGGUCCGUGUCUCCUCGCCGGUCCCGGUCAGCUUCCUUGAAGAGAUCAAGGUCUAGAUCAAGAUCCAGAUCUAGAUCCAGAUCUGUUACAUGGCCCCGAAGCAGGUCUAGGUCUCAUGGCAGAUCAAAGUCUGGCUCGCCGGCUAAGAGCCGGUCGAAGUCCCGGUCACCAUCUCCAAAGAGAAGUCGUUCACCAUCAGGAAGCCCUCAACGAAGUGCAAGUCCUGAAAGAAUGGAUUAAAGUUAUGAAGUUAAUCUUUUAGGAAGAAAGUUAUUUUGCUUACAUUAUUAUAAGGGAUUUUGUGGUGUCUUUGUAAAUGUAAGAAUGUAGAUAGAAGAGUAUAUCAACUAAAAUUUGGCAUGAUCUGGGUCUUUGGAGUUAGUCACACCAAUAGACUAGCACAGGUCUCUUUUUAUGGUUUGAAUUAACUUCCUGUGAUAUGAAAAUGUGGGACUUUUUUAUUGGCACAUUGAAAUAAAACGUGUAUUUUUAACUAAAACUCCUCUAGUAACCCUGCUGCUUCUGUUAACGUUUGGAUAAUUUUAGCUGUGUGCCAUGUAAUGUGGAUGAAAAAUGUCUAAAAUGGGAAUCACUAAUCCCAGCUGGUGUCUUCUCAAGGUAGUCACUUUUCACAUCUACUGUUGAAUGGUCUUUGGUGAAAGGAUCAGUUCCUGCUCUCCUUGAAAUGGAAUUUAAAAUCCAUCUCUGUCUGCAGAUAGAUAAAAAAUGCUGUUUUCAUUCCUUGAUAUUUAGUGGGCAUUCAUUUUUCUGCCUGAUCUGCUUAUUCUGCAGAGCUCAUUCUCUCAUACUUGACUGUUGAUACCAGAUGCCCAAAAACGUAAGGAUAAACUUUGCUCCAAAACACAUCUUUUAAGCAAAUAAGAUCUGCAGAAACCCCUAAAGGUAAUAGAAAUCAUUAAUAACUUGGCAAUUGCUACUUUCACUUGUUGCAUUUUUUAGUUCCUUAGGCUGUUGAUAUAAAGAAAACUUUUUAAAAUAUCUAAAGGUGUGUUUUCCUUCUUCAAGGGAAGAUCCUUAAAAUGAAAGAUUCUCAGUUGCCCUCAGGAGUUGUAACCUGCUUGACAGAAACGGGUAGGGUUGUAAAGCAGCCCAUAUCCUGGAGAUGGCUUUGUUGAAUGGUGCCAGUUUCUUACAGCAAAUACACAACCUGCAGGAGUAAUUAUUUGUGUGUCGGUGUGUCAAAUUGUCUUCAUUUUGUAUGAAGGAAUCGCAUGAUGAAGCGCUUCAACACUGAUCACAGCAAGGGACUAG